AUGAUGCAUUGGUUCGAUCUGCGAUCGAUCAACUUGAUCAACUUUCUGUUCGUCAAUCUUAUCGUGACCGUUGUGAUACUAGGAGGACUGCUUGCCACGCUCGAAAAGCAUCUCCCCACCGCAAUCCGCCAGACGUUCCGCUAUGGCAAGCAUGCAAUGAAGGGAACACCUGAUCGUCUGGUUUCGUUACUAGAAGUUCCUAAGGGAUGGUUCAAACAUUUCUACAUUUUCGCUGCCCUUUGGUCCGUGGCAGGAUUUGUUGUGAUGCUCGAAACAUAUCGUACGGGUAAUCCAGCACCAGAUUUCGUGGUAGCCUUUCUUGACACGAUGGCCACAAACAAGCGCGUGGUACGCACGACUCCCACCGAAACUAUGAUCGCAAUGACGCUCAUAACACUACAGUGCCUACGUCGAUUCUACGAAACCUGGUUUGUGCAAGUAUUUUCGAGCAAGCUGAAAAUCAACCUCUCCGCAUAUCUGGUAGGAUACGUUCACUACUUUGGGACGAUCGUUGCGAUCCUCUCACAGGCUGAAGGAUUCACACGUGCUGGUCCUGUAACACUGCCAACCAACGGCUACCGAUUUGAACCUAGUCUCACGCUAGGUCUAGCAAUCGGAGUGUUCUAUCACGCUUGGUAUCAUCAGUAUCGUUCGAACGUUAUCCUCGCGAACCUCCGAAAAGACAAGACUGGUAAAGUAAUCAGCCAGAAACAUACUUUACCAACCGGAGAUUAUUUUGAGUUGGUAUCCUCUCCGCAUAUGUUUUUCGAGAUCGUAAUGUACAUGGUGCUGUUCGGGGUGCUUCAUCGAAAUACAUCAAUGGUGUACGUACUGCUGUGGGUCGUAUCGAAUCAGUUUAUGAACUCCUGGUUGACGCACCAGUGGUAUAAAGAAAAUUUUCCCAACUACCCUAAACAACGGAAGGCUGUUAUACCGUACGUUUUGUGAGCGUUUGUCCGAAUCGUAUGAAUGAAUCAUAUGAAACUAAACUUUCCGGUGCUGGUUUUUAAGGAAAAUGUAUCAACACGUAUCGUGUUUCGUUCGAAUACAUUUCA